AUGGAGGAGGAGGAGGAGGGGGAGGAGGAGGAGGAGGAGGAGGAGGAGGAGGAGGAUGAGAAGACGACGAAGAACAAUAAAAGAGAAAGUAAACUUUGUGGGAUGCUCCAGAUUUGAAAAACGACAGAAGUGUCAGCACGCUCUUAGAACUUUAAUAGACCAUGUGACCAAUAGUUUUUCAGGAUUAAAUAUUCACACCUCGCUACAUACAUUGUGAACUGGGUAGCAAUCGGAAGAUGGCACCCAAAAAAAUCCGCCUAACCAAAGCAGCCUGCCUUACGGGAUGGGUGGUAAUAGGGGUUUUAUGUGUGGAGGCUAGUCGGGAUGUACGACACUAGGCGACGGAAAGCCUUAUUUAAACAGGCGAAUGAUCGAAGUUGGUCCGCUCUCCGUUCCAUUAUUACAAAAUGGGUCGCCAAAGGCAGUAUAGUUGAAACGGACGAGUGGAAAGCAUAUAAUCGUCCUCCCUCAGAAGGUUAUCUACAUUUCUCUGUUAACCACACAAAAAACUUCGAGGACCCUACCACCGGACGGCACACCAACGCCAUUGAGGAAUACUGGAGUAGACUGAAAAGGAAACUCUACGAGGGAAGCCCUGUAUGUGGUCGAGCUGUGUGGGCUCACAUAGAGGAAGUACAGUGUCGUCUUUGGUUUGGCCUCAAUGCCAUGUCUUUGACAGAUGCCUGGGAACUGUUCCUGUCCCAUGCUUUGCAGACUUAUCCUAUUAAAAAGUGAUUUUGUUUUGUAAUAAGCUGCCAUAAUGCAAAUGUAUGCCGUAUAUUCAGGUGUAGGUGUAUAAGGAUGGGGAAGAUUGGGUAACAGCGACCAUCGUUCAUGUAACCUCCUGCAAUGUUCGUUCGGCCAGCUCAUGUUAGGCCGUCGCGGAAAGUCCAAGUAGUGCGUGAAAGUAGGCCUGCAACCGCUGAUAUAGUCUGAAGGCGUUUGAGUCCAGUGUUAACGGUAUUAUUUCUAGGUAACGGAUUUUUUGGGUGUCAUCUCCCGAUUGUUACCGUGAACUGUAGCUAGAGUUUUGAGUCUAAAGAUGAUAAGUGAUAGCCAAGACUGCGCUACCUCGCAGUCCUACGUACGGCGUUUGUAUGGGGAAUUCGUUGUAGCUAAGAGCUGCACAUAUAAAAUGCUCCAAUUCAAUUUUAAGGUUUCUUCCGGUAUCCCUUCUGGCCAGAAGUACUUUAAAAAUACACAAAAAGUCGCAUUAGGACUUCUUGUGAUGCUUAGCUUUUUGCUUGUUUGGAUUAUUUUACAUUCACUUGGGACUUUGGCGACAGUGUGUGAAUUUUACACCAUCUGAACAAAAAAGUAAAUAAGUCACAGUAUGAAGUAUAUUAAUUCUGUGCAGGCGAAACAUCGUUUCCGGCAAGUCCUGGUGAAUCCUGCAGAAUUGCAUGUAUACCAUUUGGUAUUGUUAUUUGUGUAGCAAAUUAUUCGAGGCUGACCGGGGUGAGCAGUUGUCGGCGAGAUGUGAGCGGGAUUGGGGUGACCAUGUGGGGACGCGGGGAGAGCAGGAGGACAUGCCAGCACAUCAUGCGCGACAGGAAGGCGGGGAAGGAACCUGUCCACUCAGCUGUUGCGCCUAGCUGUAUGUGGGGCUUGACGACGGGCCAGGCGGUUUCGGUCAAGGGAGAUGUACAGAAGACUUUUAAGAAUGGAAGAUGGCAUUGUCUGGAGGGCUAAAGACCAUAUGCCUAGUUAGUAGCUUCUGUGGUUUCAGCAAUGCCCUGUAGAAAACAGGAAGAAUUAACUGUUUCAAAAUUUUGGAGUAAGGCACGGACUUUUAUCCCUGUUAGACUGCCAUCCGAGAUUUUGUUUGCAGUUCAACGGUAAUUUAAUAGGAAUGGAGAACCCAUCAACAACGAAGCAUUUCGAGUAGAAACAACAACAUACAUUUUAAUUGGUACUUCUCUUUGCUCUCUGAGCCUUUGUAGUUGGUUGUGGGUGAACUUGUCCGCCAAUUUCAAAUUUUACAUUGUCAUUUAGGCUGCUUGUUUCAUUUUUGACAUGGCUGGGCGAUCAUAUCUUCGGAUAAAACUUUAAAUAACAUCACUUACUUCAGGAACAUCAACUGCCACUCUCCAUCUUUCCGGUAAUAUGCAAACGCACACUACUAUUCAUUUAAAUGCACUCCAAAAUACGUAAAGAGCGAAGUUGGUCAAUAUUUGAAUCCAUAAAUAUGUCUUCCUUGGUUUUCGGCGCCGCAAUUCACUGUCCCGGACAAGAAAACAGCAAUCAGAGCCAGUGAAUUACGAGGUGAGAUAGUCAAUCAGCAACCCGCACUGCAUGUCUGGAGGUUCAGCGUAGGCCACUGCGUGGAUUUACUGAAUACUUGUCUGAGCUCAAGUGUGCUUUCGACAAAUUGUCGUCGGGUCAGUACAUUUAUAUCGGAGCGGGACACGAGUAAAACAUUUGAGUGAUAGGAGGGAUCGCUUAGAGGUAUUUUAGCAGGUUUCGAAUAAGUUAUUUUGACCGGACUGUGAAAAACUCGGCAACCUCGGUUGGAUUUGUACCCACUUCAGUAAGGGCAAGUCUUGAGUGCAGUCAACGCAACAACUACCCAAGCUACGAGGCUCCGCCGGGAGCCGUGAAUUUUAUCCGGCUUGAAUCAGUUUGCCCGUACAGCCUACUGCUACGUGUGAAGUUCACCAAGUAGGCUAGAGUAAGCUGACUCUCCAAGCAGGAUUUCCCAGAUAAUAAAUAAUAUAUAAUAAAUAAUAAGUAAUAAAUCCAGAAUCCACCAGAUGACUGCCGUGCCCCUUCAGCAUAAAUGCAGUCUUGUUCGUUGUUUGGCGAAAAGGAUUAGGAAAGUCUAUCCGGCGGACAGCCUGGACAAGUGACUUCUAAAAGUCCAGGACCUGCUUUGCGAGAAAGAGUAUUUCGACAGAUUUAUUGCAAAGAUUAUUACCGGGAGACCCGCUAAACCCCUUAUACUGAGGACAGAAAAGAAGACCGAUUCUUAAAGUUCAUUUUCAAGGGGAUGAAGCAAGCAAAUCCCCGAAAGGGCACCUUGACCGGCCUGUUCCCUGACCCGUUCCAGCGGAAAGAGUUAAGGCAAUACCCUCGAACAACCCUGUUUUACACGUCGAAGGUAAGGAUAGAUGACCAGCUUAGACCACCUCCGUAUGCAUUUACCCCAUUACUUGCUUCUUUCAGACAGGUUACUUCGGUCGCACGAGUAGGCGCCGAUAACAAAACAUACGGGAGGACCUACCGACAUGGUUGAUAAAAGAAGGAAAUAAAAGCGUAAACAGCGGCAUCCUGGCACACUACUGAUUUUGGACAUCGUGUGGACCCUAACGAAGCCUCCACAGGAUUUACAAGGUCCCACCGAACGACCUUAAAUCACUGGGUCAGCAUCUGCUAAUAACAGCGGAGGCGACCACUAUCAGGUUAAAAAAGUCGGUUUUGUGCGCACGCGGAAGAGCCUGGUAUAAGCUUCCCAUCUGUUGUGGUCAAAGAUCGGUUAACUGCAUGUACUUCUCCGCGUCCUCCCGCGCCUUCCCCUCAACCUACUAUCCCCUAUUCCUUCCCCCCUGCUCUCACACGGCACUUGUGUAAAAAACGAGCUGUUGUCGAUUUCUUUUAUCACUCAGAUUUUAAACUCGUGUCCCAUUCCCAUAUAAAUGCCCUGGCCCGAUGAGAAUCUAUCAAACGUACACUCAUGCCCGCCAAAUGUUCGUAUGUAUCCUCCAGUGAGAAUUUUCAAUGAGAAUUUUCGGCAACUUUUAUGUUGCCGUAAGGAGCUUAAUUCACAACUUGUCUUUACUAGGACGCGUUAUUCUGUCAAUGGAAGAAGGACUUUUACCGUUGGACAUCCACGAAGCCAAGCGCGUGCUUUCACAAGUUUAGAACGUCAUUUCCAUAAAAACAUUCCGCGUGCGUCUUGACUGGAUUCGCCAACUGCUAUCCAUUUACGCCGUCGUUAAGGCGCAGUUUGUGUAAAAAGAAGUUAAAUAUUACUGUCAAAAAGCAGAAAAUUUCCGAUGACGAAAGGCGGAUGAAUGCGACAGCCACAGUUGCGCUAUCAGGUGAUGUGGAUGCUAACAGUAGAUGCGCAUAAGCCAGAUUAGUGGAGGUCAUUUUUUGACACUCCACAUCUACGUUUGCUGGUAUGAUCCGAUUUUAAUUAUAAAAGUGAAGCCUGAUAUCAUAGUGGCUUCAUAACGUGCCCAUAGAACUGUCCACUCAUUUUAAUCAGUGCCUAGGGACUUAAAACGACUUUGAAGGCUAAAUACCUUGGAAACAUUCACCAGUUUUACGAAGAAAUAACGGUCAGAUGCGGUUAUGUAGCCCCACCUGAAGUAACCAAACCCCAGACACCUGUAGCACGGGAUUGGUGGUAGUAGGGGUUUUUACCUGUGGGACAGGGGAACGCACGGGCGACGAGGUCAAGUCUUUGUAUGCAAAAGAAAAGCUAUUGGGAAGUAGCGGUUGUACUUUUAGUGAUUGAGAAGUAAGGGUCAUAACCCCUUACCCUAACAUUAACUUCUUACCCUAAUCCCUAACUUUUACCCCUAACCCUAACCCCUAUCCCCAACUCCCACAGUGUUGUGUCCAUCAAGUGAGACUAAAUAACCACGUCUUACCGAAAGAAAAAUUUUAAUCUGCGAACUCUUGUGUUGUCAGUAUUGGCUGAAAAUUUUCGAAUUUUAAAUUUUUUGACCAAAUUAAUGAACUGUAAUCCGUUGACUUAUCUGAAAUUGCCAAGCCUCGUCUUUCAGCUGUUAUAUUUAGGAUGAUUUUGAACACAGUGGCCACUGCCAAAACUCCUUAAUGAAUAAUACUCACUCAUGAAUUCCUUUAAAAGUGGACAACGCACACGAGCCAUGCUCUUUGGUUUAUACGCCAAUGGAAUCCAGGGUGGUAGGGCAUAUAUCCCUGUUAUUCCAUUUGGAAUACUUAAGCCUACCUGAAAUCUCGCGCACUGCACAGGGGCACAUGUCAUUUGUAAUUCCGUCCAAUAUACAUUAUUUUGAGCGGCGUCGCCUUCUGCGGACUGUUUGCGAAUAGUCACGUCAGAAGUGGUCACGCAACUCCAAAUAAACUGAUCUACAAUAGGAGUGGUCCAAAAAUAAUGGAAAGUACGUUCGGUGGGCUGAGGGAGAAAAUAUCAGCCACAGAAAGAGUCUUUAUGGCGAGAUAGUCACAAGAUAAUCAGGACUCGUAUAUCAAGUAGGAUUCCAUAGUGAGUAACUUCGCCUUUUGUACAUAUGAAUUCACGAAAGUCGAAGUAUACAAACUGUCCCACAAUCAGAGGAAGGCGCUGUCGAUUUACUUCACGCCACGAUUCAAUCUAAUAAGAAAAUUGGUAAGACGACCAAAACAACACCUUAGACGAAACAACGGUAACAAUCGGGGGAUGGCAUCCAAAAAAAUCCGCCUAACCAUAGCAGCCUGCCUUACGGGACAGGUGGUAAUAGGGGUUUUAUGGGUGGUGGCUGGUCGGAAUGUACGAUACUAGCCGACGGAAAGCCUUAUUUAAACAGGUGAAUGAUCGAUCUUGGCCCGCUCUCCGUUCCCUUAUUACAAAAUGGGUCGCCAAAGGCAGAAUAGUGGUAACGGACGAGUGGGAGGCGUAUAAUCGUCUUCCCUCAGAAGGUUAUCUACAUUUCUCUGUUAACCACUCAAAGAACUUCAAGGACCCCACCAACGGACGGCGCACCAAUGUCAUUGAGGAAUACUGGAAUGGACUGAAAGGGAAACUCCACGAGGGAGGCCCUGUAUGUGGUCGAGCUGUGUGGGCUCACAUAGACGAAAUACAGUAUCGCUUUGGUUUGGCCUCGAUAUCAUGUCUUUGACAGAUGCCUGGGAACUGUUCCUGUCCCAGGUUGUGCAGACUUAUCCUAUUUAAAAGUGAUUUUGUUUUGUAAUAAACUGCCAUAAUGCGAAUGUAUGCCGUAUAUUCAGGUGUACGCGUGUAACGAUGGGGAAGGUUGGGUAACAGCGACCAUCGUCAAUGUAACCUACUGUGAUGCUUGUUUUGCCAGCCCAUGUUAGGCCGUCGCGGAAAGUCCAAGAAGUGCGUGAAAGUAGGCCUGCAACCGCUGAUAUAGCCUGAAGGCGUUUGAGUCCACUGUUAAAGGUAUUAUUUCUAGGUAACGGAUUUUUUUGGGUGCCAUCUCCCGAUUAUUACCGAAACAACAACAAGAGUGGUUAGGUGGUCUGCAAUUGUCGUGACAACUGCAGGCAACGGACAUCAUCAACAUAUUCAAAUAGCUUCAGUUCAAACCGCCAAAUUCAACUCCUUUCCAUAUAACAAUUGAGUCGUUCAAACGCGAAUGAGGAACCGAAAAGUUAGCUUUGACUGACGAAACACCAUUUGCUUACCAAAUGUUUUGCUGCGGAGGAAGGAGCUCUUUCCUUCUUUUCUUUCUCGAUAUAUUCUUAACCGUUGUAUAUGAAAAUUAGUUUCGUAUUCGCUCACUGUACCCGUAUUGCAAGUGUAGGUUUAUUCGCGGAUACUUGAGGGUCGCUUGAGUGAUCAAUAUUUGCCAAAUUGUCUUCCUUUAGGCGCAUUUUGUGUUAAUAAAACACCGUGAGGGGACUGUAUUGCGGGUCUUCCCACCGACUCGCAUGAAUCUGCAUGACAAUGUUUGCCUUUAGAGGACAAUGAUAUCGCGAUGACCUUUUCCAGGACAGAUUACCCAUUAGCACUUUGGCCAAAUGGACUACAUCAGUUAUGAAUGCAUUUGUUUGAAUUACAGCGUGCUGAUGCGAUACGAUUGUUGGCAGUGACUAGAUUUCCAAAUGAAAGGCCUAGAAAGACAUAAUUAGUAGGGUAACACCUACCGUGGCAGAGUGCGUACAGCAAAUCACCGCGGAGAUGUCCGCGAUUGAGUACGUCAGAUGCGUGUGGCGCCGUAUGCUGGAGUUGCUUGGUCCUAGAAUGCAAACAUCUACAGCUCAACCUAUCGGGAUGCAUGCAUCCCCUGAGCAAGAAGCGUCCAGACUGCGACGAGAUGAGCCAACUGUGGCAAUCGUUACUCGAGAUACUCUGGGACGAGGGAACUUGCCUUGCUGUUCUGAGUCAGGGCCUAUACUAAUUCCGGACCAGACGAACAAGUGGGGUCUAACUUAUCCGUCUUAUUAUUACUCUAGUAAGGAAGCAUUUGGAAGAAAAGAGGAGAACGUUUACUGAGGAAACUGUUUGGGGGAGAUUAACACACCAGUGAUGACAGGUAUGGUCGGAAGAACCGCAUACGUCCUCGUCACCGGUGUAAUUUGGCCUUCGUUCCCCAGUUGUCACGACAAUGAGGUUGAUCGCCGAGUGAAUUUUAAAAUGGGACAUUGAAGGCUCCGUGUUCCAUCAGUCUUGAGGAUAUCUAAAGGGAAUUUGAGGAAAUAGCUCAGUUUUCGAAUUUUCUGGAAGAUGAGCCGAUCGGCAUAAGAACAAAGAGCGAAAGUGAGAAACUUUCGUUAUAUGAAGGCACUUGAGUAGUUAACAAUAGAAAGAAGUACGUAAACGUCAGGCAGACAGCAAGGGCGGCUUCUUUGAAAAGGACGUGGAAUAUCUAGUCAAGUCUUUAAGAUGAUGGUGGAAAACCGCGUCAACAGUGAGAUCACUGGAAGUAGAUUGGGCAAGGAGCACGGUUCUGAGGCAUUGUUCACCACUUCAAGGAAUAGGCGUAUCGUGAGACCGUGAAUCAAAUUUUAGUACAUGAAUAAAGGUUUAUGGCCGAAAGGAUCAUAUUGGAACGACUCGGAAUUUGAAGAGUCCCAAAACGAGGUGCAAGUAAACUGCGGAGGGGGUGGACGAGAAAGUUUAGAGAGACUCAACCCAAGAUAAUAAUGGAUGCCUCUGGCGAUGACCUGCCGUCCAGAGAACUUGCGGAAAAAACGGGGAAGAUGAGGUUUCCCAGGUCUUUGACCGUGCUGUACUGUAGAUGGCAGUCAAAUAACGAAGAGUUAUGCUGCCAGACUCCUAGGCGUUGUUGCUGUCUCUCAGGAUAUUGUCGGUUGAGACGUAAACGAGGGUGCGGUGGACGACAGCUUUGUUCCUAAACACCAUGAAAGUCUUGGGGCGCCCUGAGGAAUGUAAAAAUCCCACACAUGAACCAAAAUGUAAUAAAAUAAUAAUGACAACGGUCUUCAAAAAGCCCUCUAAAGGAAUGAUAGUUUGAUGGAGGACUCGUCAGAGGUCACCCACUGAGAAGAUGGUGCUGCUGACUGGGGUAUCCCUGAAAGGCCCUGAUAUGGGUGACUGAAUAGUGUUCAAGACUAAUGCUGCUACUUACCGGCCGACACUCAUUGCAAAGACGCCAGUCGGCAGUACUGACCUUUAGGAAACAUCUGCGAUGAAGACAAUCAGAAGCCCUUGGGCUAACGUACAAUCUCCAGAUGCAACAUAAGUUAGAAUCCGGUUUGGUUCGGACGGGCAAGGGUCCACGGCACAUGUUCUCAGGACAUUUCGGAGGCUUUAUGGUUUUGAGUGAUUGCUAUGUCGCGAAGGCUAGACUGUCAGUCACCGAGCAGAAAUUCCCAAGAGGCUGGAAAAUACGACAUCAGAAUGAGACAAAAGAUGCCGGUUGUGGCAAAGAGUCGAGGGAAGGAGAGGAUAGCAAAGCAAAUACACAUUUCCAUCCUGCAAGCAGAAUAGAUCGGUGCAUACAACAGCUAGUGAUUAACUGCUUCGGAUUCCAGCCGCCAGAACGUGAUUUUUCUAGUAUCAUACUGACAGUGUUGCGUGAUGAGCAAGUUUCUCGGAUUUAACUUUUCCAGAGUGAACCUCAACUAACUUAUGAUGACGACAAUUGUUUUGAGAAAUGGUCAUUCCGGCGUGUCUGUCUGUGGAUAUUAAAAAGUUUUAAAAAGGGCUAUUUUACCGUUUGACGUGGUCAGUGAAGCAACUGCAUGAAACAAAACAGGUCGAGAAUAGAUUGAGGCCUGUGUCGCGGAUUAGAAUUCGGCUGAUCGAUGCGUCGAACUGAUUCCGCACAAGAGGACCUGCGCAGUCACCUUAAAGUUUGCGCCAUCGAUCGCUGAUUAGCUGGCUCGGCCAGUCUUCUUUUCCACUUCUACGAACACUUGGAACUCAAACUUUUGCCUUCAUUUGUGGGUACAUAAUGGGCUGUAAGGUCAUGACUCAGUAGGAUAAAACUUCAUUCAGAAGAUGAAGAUGCGAUCACUGGAACAAGAAGUUUAUUUGCCUGACGUUUCGGAUUCUCACUCGAAUCCAUCAUCAGAGACAUUCGCAGAUAGAGGUGAAGGUGGCACCAGGAGUGCAGUAUUUAUAGCACGUGGCUGCCGUGGGACCGUAUGCGCACUGCAAUUAACAGUUCUCGCAAUCGCCGCUGGGAUCGUAAUGGAUGCGGCGGUGGCUUGGCGGUCCGAGUCCGAGUCGUUAAUCGCCGCGAUUUCGUCAUCCGUGCUCGAUGCUGGUGUGACGAUUGCUCGGCAAACUGGCCCACUGUCACCAUGAUAAUUGCUCACCCGCGCCCUCCCCACGUGACUGAUUCUCCAGCCCAGGGAAAAUCGCAGUACGGAAUAGGGUACCGGGAGGUCAUCGUGCUUGUUGAUGAAUUGCGGGCCUGAGAACCAUGACUCGAGCAGCUCGCGGCUCACGCGGUUGUCACCCCUUGCGAGGAUUUCGGCCUCUUGAAAUUUGAAAAUCUGCCGUCUUCGCCCAUGAACACGUAGCACCUUGCUUUCUCUUGGUCGAUCCUCUGACGAAUGAUCCGAGUGCUCCUUCAAGACUGUCACUCACGGAUUCGCAAAUACCGUCAGAGGAUUGACCAAGAGAAAGCAAGGUGCUGCGAGUUCAUGAGCGAGGACGGCAUAAAACUGCUUCAGCAGAGGCUGGUCGAACGAACCCGCGAACAUUAAGCAACUCGAGAAGCAGCCCUAGAGAGCAACUUUCGUAAGCUGCCUGCUCCACUGUCAUCCAAGAACGACAAACUGGUGCACAACUUGUCGCCAAAGGAGUUGACGGAGGAACAAAUCCAGGUUUUAUGGCAUGAGGCCUCAUUCAACACAGCCGAUGUCAAACCUGCCAACAUGAUCGCAGCAGUGGAAUCAAUCCUCAGCCAGACGGGAGCGACAGACGAAACGAAGAACUUCAUUCGACACCAAGUGUCCUCCCUCCUCAUGGCUCAUAGACCGCGCGAUGUGCUUUCCAAGGUCGAGCGCGAUGCACUUAAGGAACUCAGGGCCGACAACGACCUCGUUAUCGUGCCUGCGGUCAAGGGGCGUUCAACGGUCGUAUUGGACAGGACAGACUACAAUCAAAAAGCCAAAAGCUUGUUGGAGGAUCGUCAGUCCUAUGUCCCAUGCGAAUCCAACCCCAUGAAAACGCUGACACGCGAGAUUAACGCGACGCUGUUGGUAGUGGAGAACUCAGGUGCAAUAUCGCCAAUCGACCGACGCAUGGCGAGAGCACAAGAAACGGCCCUAGCCCGAUUCUACGGUCACCCAAAAGUGCACAAAGAGGGCGCUCCUCUCCGGCCUAUCGUAUCACUAAAGAACACUCCAACCUACGGACUGGCAAGGUGGCUGUUCCAACGUCUCAACUUUCUGACCUCCGAUUCGAACACCACAGUCAGCUCGUCAACGCAAUUCUUGGAGAAACUUAAAGGAGUAAGUCUCCUGCCAAGCGAUAGCAUGGUUUCCUUUGAUGUCACGUCCCUUUUUACUUCUAUCCCGCAGGACCUGGCAAUCGAGACAACCAAACUACUCCUACGAGAGAAGUACGACGAAACGGAGAAUCGCCUCGGACACGCCCAAAUCAUCCAGCUCCUGAGGUUCUGUCUCAAGACGUACUUUACAUUCGACGGAACAAUCUACGAGCAGGUGAAGGGAACGCCAAUGGGUUCGCCGAUUUCGGGACUCAUAGCCGGGGCGGUCCUUCAACGGCUGGAGUCGCUGGUUUUCCGACACCACAGACCGAAAUUCUGGGCUGGGUAUGUGGAUGACAACUUCGUCGUCAUCGAAUGGGAUCAGGUGCUGACUUUCAAAGAACAACUCAUCGCCGUCUCCUCGGACAUUCAAUUUACGAUGGAGGAGGAGGAAAACAAUCAGCUGGCCUUCCUGGAUGUCCUCGUUAAACGCAAUGAUUGUAGUGGUCAUAAAAACAGUGUUCAGGAAAGCGACAAAUACGACGCAAAUACUGAACUUCAAUAG